AUGUGGUCAUCCUUUGUCGAUUGUUUGAGUCUUAAUCAGGAUUCGAACCAAUACCCUCGUGCUGAGUGCACAUCGAAACAGAGCGUGCUGAAAUACUGCGAGCAUCUACACGGAAAAUGGUACUUCAGCGAGAUCCGCGCCAUCUUCUCGCGACGCUAUCUACUACAAAAUACUGCCAUCGAGAUGUUCCUGGCUAGCAGAACCUCCAUAUUCUUCGCGUUUCCGGACCAAGCUACUGUCAAGAAGGUGAUCAAAGCGUUGCCUCGUGUCGGCGUCGGCAUUAAGUAUGGCAUCCCACAGACCAGGUCAGUGCUUCUAAAGUAG